AUGGAUGAAGACAUGGACAUGUCUGGCACUGGUGGACUCGAGCCUGCGUUCGAGCCUACGCCGGUGCCUCCGCAGAUGGUAGACGAGAACCGCAAGAUGCUCGACCUUGUGUUCGUGCAGGACUGUACGGGCAGCCAGGGCAGCUACAUUGCCUCCGCCACCAAGAACAUUGAGGAGAUCUGCAACCACAUCUACGAGUCCGGCAAGCUCCAGACCCGCGACGACCUCCGCAUCGGUCUCGUUGCCUACCGCGACCACCCCCCGCAAGACCACACUUACGUCACCCGCAACUUCGGCUUCUCGUCCGACAUCUCCCAGGUCCACAAGGACCUCUCGACUCUCUACGCGUCCGGUGGAGGCGAUGGCCCGGAAGCGGUGACCGCCGCUCUCCACCAGGCGCUCACCAUGGAGUGGCGGCCAACGGCGAGCAAGAUGGUCGUCCUCAUCGCCGACGCGCCUCCGCACGGCAUCGGCGAGUACGGAGACGGAUCCCUGCAGAUUGCGCGAGAGAUGGCGAGCAGGGGCAUUACCCUGUUUUUCGUCGCCUGCGAGCCUGCGCUCAGCGGCUACUCGUACGCGACGGACUUCUACCAAGCAAUCACGAAUAUCACCUCAGGCCUCAUGCUUCCUCUCACUACCGCGGAUCUAUUGACGCACGCCAUCGUCGGCAGUGUCCUCGAAAACCUCGACAUGGAACGCCUCGUACGAGAGGUCGGCCAGGCCGUGUCUCAGCGGAUAUUGGGCAACAACGAAAGCGUCGACGACGUUGCCCGCGAACUGCACGAACGCCUGCUGCUCCGCAACGAAAGCACGAAAAAGGUCGUCAUCGAGAGCAUCUACCGCGACUCUCCGGAGGCGAAGCACAACGUCGAUACCUACAUGAACGCACGCACCCUCGCAGAAGCGCGCCCGCAUCUCCAGAGAUUCGCAUCAGGUCCCGGGACGCGCUUCACAGACAAGUAUCUCCACGCGCGGAUGUCGUCAUCACGGAGCUCAUACUACGGAUCACCCUACGCCCCUCUCGUCACCGACUUCAAGGCCUUCGGGGCGUCCCCGACAGCAAGCGUGUUCGGCACCGCAGUGCAGUCAACGCCGUUCUCACUCGCCGGAGGCAAGGCUGCGUUCGGCGGUAUGCGCACGAACGGACGAGUGGGGACGUUCGAUGAUGAUGACGACGAGGACGAGGAUAAUGGGCGGCAGAAGGUCGAGCUGAGAGAAGACUCGAUCACGCUCGAUCAGGCGAGGCGGAUUGCGAUGCAGAGCGCCUGGAGAAGUACCCGCAUGUGA